GCGGCGGCGGCGGCGGCGGCGCGGGGCUGCUGGAGGCGGAGGCAGAGAGGCGCGGAGGAGCGCGGGGCCGCCGCCACCGGCGCCCUGAGGAGCAGAACCACUGAAGGGUUCCAUGACUGCAGAGUGGCAGGAGAACAUUGAGCUGUAGUUCAUUUAAGCUGCCUCUGCUACAGAAAACCUUGGCUUAACAUUCCAAAGAGGCCCGUUGGAUUUGCUGAGCAGGCAAGGGUCAGUCAGUGGUGAAGGCCCUGGUGAUCGUCAGAUUUUUAAGACUCCAGGGCCUUCAAGCUGCGAUUAAUCCCAUGGUUCCUGAAACGACUGGGAAAACAGACGUCUUGUGUGCCAGCUGAAGAGUGUAUGUCUAUGUAUAUUUAAAACCUUCUUUCUGUACAUACACAUUUACACGAGAAGGCAGGCUCAUUCUUGUGUGCACUUGAAGAGUUUUACAACUGAUGAAAAUUAAUUUAAGAAUCAGAUGGAGCAACUUGACACCACUGGGCUUGGGAGCCCGGGGAGAAAAAUACAUCACUAACGGCCAGUUUUCCAUAUGGUCUUCACGGGUAAAGAAGGUUUGCAAAAAGAAGAAAAAAAAAACUUGCACAGAUCAAGCCUCAAAAAUACCUCUCCAGUUUAAAGAAGGAACUAAGUGAGAAGGUGACUGAGGGAGAAGUGUGAUUUCAAGCAUUGCAGAUGGGAGCAUGCAGUGCUUUUUGCACUUUAUUUUUCAGUGGGUCUGGUGAUUUGGACAGAGGAGAAAAUUCUGGACUGAAGAGUGGCUCUUACUGUGUGGUUAUGACUGGAGGAAAGCCAGUUAGGGUAUGAUGGGACAAGUUUGAACAGUGAACUGAUUCCUUUGCCUUUUUUCUGUUAACUGUAUUCCAGAAAUUUUAAUUUAUUACUUCCCUUUUCCUUUCCUAUACCUAUAGGAUAAUACCUUAAGGUAGCAGUUGAAACUGAUAAUUACAAAAUAAUUAUCAAGGAGCAUCCGAGUAAAGCUUCUUUCCUUGGACUGUACACGUGGCGUUUGGAGACGGUCUCUGGAGGUGAUCAGGAAAGUGCCCGUCAGCCGAACAUGGUCACUCCGUAGGGAGACAGUGGGGAAGAAGCUGACUCUCACCUGCGUUUCCGUUUUAAGGGAUUCUCUCCCAUGUCGAGUCCAGGAAUCUUUGUGUAUAAGAGGAAGGCUACUUGAUGGACUUAAUUCUGAGAUUAGUUUUUUUCCUUCAAGAUGGAAAAGUAUGUAAUCUUUACGAGCGGAAAGGGGAGAAGUGACUAGGGUAGGAAGGGAGGAGACGCAGCCUGCAGCCCAGCUUGGCUCCCGUUUGCCUGCAGGAGUAUUUAGGAUUCGCCGGGGGCCCACACUCAGACUCCCUCCUGUGAGAGCUUUAGAGCCUUCUGGCUCUGCUGAGGGAAGGGCUUUCUCGCCCGCCUCUAUGGCACCGAGGGGUGCGUCAGCCUGCAGAGGGGCCCUCCCUGGGGACACAGCCACCUGCUGGGAAGCCAGGUUGGGCUCUGAAGUUGGAGGUUUCUGGUUCUGAACAGUGGGGAAAGAGUCCUUUUUUCUCCUAAAAUUUGGACUGCUGUCUGCACAAACUCUGGUCUGUUUUGCACGGUUUGUGUGCCUUUUUUUUCCCUUUAUGCAAUCUUUUUCAGCUUUAGCAGCAGAGAUUUGUCUAGUUGAGAAAACAAGCCAGAGGGUGGCUUCAGAAGGAAGAUGAUCCCCACGUAUUCUGUCUCUGCAUCUGAGCUUUUGAAGAGAAGAUUCCAGCUCGAGGGAUUCUUAAAGCCUUAAGUUACUUGAAAUCUAUGUAUUUGCAGCUCUUUGUCUCUGGAAUCACAUUACACUAAACUGGAAUCUCAGGCUGAAUAAGAAGAACCAAGUUGAGUGAAUAGAAGAACACUCAGUUUCUUUAUCACCACUUGUUAACGAUGCUCUUUCUCCAAAGGGUCAGCCCCCUCUUCCUCUGAGGACUUGAAAAUAAAAAUGGACCCCACGUUGUUUUUAAGCAUUACCUUUUCUUAGCUGACUGCCGUCAUCUUUUAUAGAGGAAUUUUUUCACUAUGCAUUUGGUGGAUCUUUAUAAAAUACUGACCUUCUAAUUAGAACCGGGUCAGUCUUAAAAGGGGGUCAGGGAAAACAGCGCAAGCCAACCACAAAAAUAACAUCGAUCUGUCAGUGAAAGCAGUUUUUCAGCAUUCAGCAUUACUUUUUAAGUAAAACGGUUCUUCAAAAAAAAGUAUGUAUGCAGCGGUGGAGCAUGGGCCUGUCCUGUGCAGUGACUCCAACAUCCUCUGCCUGUCCUGGAAGGGCCGUGUCCCCAAGAGUGAGAAGGAGAAGCCCGUGUGCAGGAGGCGCUACUACGAGGAGGGCUGGCUGGCCACGGGCAACGGGCGUGGCGUUGUUGGCGUGACCUUCACCUCCAGCCACUGCCGCCGGGACAGGAACACUCCGCAGAGAAUCAACUUCAACCUUCGGGGCCACAAUAGUGAGGUCGUGUUGGUGAGGUGGAACGAGCCGUACCAGAAGCUGGCCACGUGCGACGCGGACGGCGGGAUAUUCGUGUGGAUCCAGUACGAAGGGCGGUGGUCUGUGGAGCUGGUCAACGACCGAGGGGCCCAGGUGAGUGAUUUCACGUGGAGCCACGAUGGGACUCAAGCACUUAUUUCGUAUCGAGAUGGGUUUGUCCUGGUUGGUUCUGUCAGUGGACAAAGACACUGGUCAUCUGAGAUCAACUUGGAAAGUCAAAUCACAUGUGGCAUAUGGACGCCCGAUGACCAACAGGUGCUGUUUGGCACGGCUGACGGGCAGGUGAUCGUCAUGGACUGCCAUGGCAGGAUGCUGGCCCACGUCCUCCUGCACGAGUCAGACGGCAUCCUCAGCAUGUCUUGGAACUACCCCGCCUUCCUAGUGGAGGACAGCAGUGAGAGUGACACCGACUCAGAUGACUACUCCCCGCCCCAAGAUGGUCCGGCGGCGUAUCCCACCCCAGUACAGAACAUCAAGCCGCUGCUCACCGUCAGCUUCACCUCAGGAGACAUCAGCUUGAUGAACAGCUAUGACGACUUGUCUCCUACUGUCAUCCAGUCGGGGCUGAAAGAGGUGGUGGCCCAGUGGUGCACGCAGGGAGACCUCCUGGCAGUCGCUGGCAUGGAGCGCCCGACCCAGCUCAGCGACCUUCCCAACGGCCCUCUUCUGAAGGGUGCCAUGGUCAAGUUCUACAAUGUUCGCGGGGAGCACAUCUUUACACUGGACACGCCUGUGCAGCGCCCUAUCAUCUCCAUCUGCUGGGGACACCGGGACUCUCGGCUGCUGAUGGCGUCAGGACCGGCCCUGUACGUGGUACGUGUGGAGCACCGGGUGUCCAGCCUGCAGCUGCUGUGCCAGCAGGCCAUUGCCAGCGCUCUACGAGAGGACAAGGACGUCAGCAAGCUGACCCUGCCCCCCCGCCUUUGCUCCUACCUCUCCACUGCCUUCAUUCCCACCAUCAAGCCCCCAAUUCCAGACCCCAGCAACAUGCGAGACUUCGUCAGCUACCCGUCGACCGGCAGCGAGCGUCUGCACUGCACCAUGAAGCGCACAGAGGACGACCCCGAGGUCGGCGGCCCCUGCUACACGCUGUACCUGGAGCACCUGGGCGGGCUUGUGCCCAUCCUCAAGGGGCGGCGCAUCAGCAAGUUGCGGCCCGAGUUCGUCAUCAUGGACCCGCGGACAGAUGGCAGAUCAGAUGAAAUCUAUGGAAACAGCUUGAUUUCCACGAUGAUUGACAGCUGCAACUGCUCAGACUCCAGUGACAUUGAACUGAGUGAUGACUGGGCUGCCAAGAAGUCUCCCAAAAUCUCCCGAGCUAGCAAAUCACCCAAACUCCCAAGGAUCAACCUUGAGGCCCGGAAGUCCCCCAAGCUGUCGCGUGCGGCUCAGGAGAUAUCCCGGUCCCCUCGCCUGCCCAUGCGCAAGCCGUCCAUCGGCUCGCCCAGCCUGACGCGGAGGGAGUUUCCCUUUGAAGACAUCGCUCAGCACAACUAUCUUGCUCAGGUCACGUCUAAUAUCUGGGGAACCAAAUUUAAGAUCGUGGGCUUGGCUGCUUUCCUGCCAACCAACCUCGGUGCAGUAAUCUACAAAACCAGCCUCCUGCAUCUCCAGCCGCGGCAGAUGACCAUCUAUCUCCCGGAGGUUCGGAAGAUUUCCAUGGACUUUGUUAAUUUACCUGUCUUCAACGCAAAUGUUUUCAGUGAAGAUGAAGAUGAUUUACCAGUGACAGGAGCAUCUGGUGUGCCCGAGAACAACCCACCUUGCACCGUGAACAUCCCCAUUGCCCCCAUCCACAGCUCCGCUCAAGCGAUGUCCCCCACACAGAGCAUCGGGCUGGUGCAGUCCCUGCUGGCCAACCAGAAUGUGCAGCUGGACGUCCUGACCAAUCAGACCACAGCCGUGGGCGCAGCCGAGCACGCAAGUGACAGCGCCGCCCAGUACCCCGUGGCCAGCCGCUACUCCAGCCCUGGCCAGGUGAUCUUCGGGGGCGUAGAGAUAAGCCGCGUCAUCCCCAACCCGCCUCAGCUGUCCCUGCCACCGCCAGCACAGGGGGCCAUCCAGCUGUCUGUGCUGGACCACGGGGACCGAGACCACGAGCACCUGCAGAAGCCAGCCAAGGCCCUGCGGCCGGUGCCACAGUUGGCCACCGAGGGGGACGCGGUGGUGUUCAGCGCCCCCCAGGAGGUCCAGGUGGCCAAGAUGAACCCCCCACCCCCCUACCCGGGAACCAUCCCCGCGGCCCCCACCACCGCAGCGCCGCCGCCCCCGCCGCCGCCCCCGCCGCCCCCGCUGGACACGUGCUUGAAGAAGGGCGACUUCUCGCCCUACCCCACGGCGGCGCACUACCAGCCGCCCCUGGGCUACGAGAGGAUCACCACCUUCGACAGCAGCGGCAACGUGGAGGAGGUGUGCCGGCCCCGGACGCGCAUGCUCUGCUCCCAGAACGCCUACGCGCUCCCGGGCCCGGGCAGCUCGGCCACGCUGAGGCUCACCGCCACCGAGAAGAAGGUCCCGCAGCCCUGCACCAGCGCCACCCUGAACCGCCUGACGGUCCCGCGCUACUCCAUCCCGCCGGGGGACCCGCCCCCCUACCCGGACCUCGCCUGCCCGCUGGGCGCCCCCGGCCGCGGCGCGGGGCAGAGACCCGACGGCGGCCUCAUCCACGCCACGCUACGCAGGAACAACCGCGAGGCGGUGCUCAGGGCGGCGCCGCUGGCCGAGCCCCCGCGGCCGCCGCCGCACCCGCCCAGGCCCAAGGGCGCGGCGCAGUUCCCGGCACGGCACCCGCCCGCCCUGUACACCUGCAGCCAGUGCAGCGGCGCGGGCGUGGCGGGGAGGCCGGAGCCGGGCGCGGGGGCGCAGCCGGGCGCCGGCCUGGCGCACGCGGCCAGCACCUCCCCGCUGACCUCCCAGUCGUCCUACAGCCUCCUGAGCGCGGGCGAGGGCGCCCGCGAGCGCGCCGACUACGUCAACUCGGCCUUCACCGAGGACGAGGCGCUGGCCCAGCACUGUCAGGCCGAGAAGCCGCUGAGGCACCCCGCGCUGAGCGAAGCCGCCGUGGCCGUGAAGCGGCCACCCCCCUACCAGUGGGACCCCGUGCUGGGGGAGGAUGUUUGGGUUCCUCAGGAGAGGACAGCACAGACCGCGGUGCCCAACCCUCUGAAGCUGCCCCCUCUGAUGGUAGGUCAGAGCCAGCACCUGGAUGUGUCCCGAGUGCCCUUCGUCUCCCCCAAGCCUCCCGCCAGCCCUACAGCCACUUUCCAGACGGGCUAUGGCACGGGAGUGCCCUAUCCGGGAGGCUGUAACACUUCCCCUUUGACGGGGGUGCAGGCUCCCUGCUCCCCGAAAGGCGCUCUGGCCCCAGCACAGUUUGCACAACAGGAGUCCGCGGUGGUUCUUCAAACGGCCUACCCGCCCAGCCUCCCCUACUGCCCCCUGCCCCCCAUGUACCCGGGAAGCAGCGCCUGCUCGAGUUUCCAACUGCCACCCAUCGCCUUGCACCCCUGGAAUUCCUACAGCGCGUGCCCGCCCGUGCAGAGCCCCCAGGGCGCUCUCCCCCCGAAGGCGCACUUGGUGGUGGAGAAGCCCCUCGUGUCCCCGCCGCCCACGGACCUCCAAACCCACCUGGGUACAGAGGUGAUGGUAGAGACCGCAGACAACUUCCAGGAAGUCCUCUCCCUGACGGAGAGCCCAGUCCCCCAGCGGACGGAGAAGUUCGGAAAGAAGAACCGGAAGCGGCUGGACAGCCGGGCCGAGGAGGGAAACGUUCAGGCCAUCACUGAAGGCAAAGUGAAGAAGGAGGCUCGGACUUUGAGUGAUUUUAAUUCCCUGAUCUCCAGCCCCCGCCUGGGGAGAGAGAAGAAGAAAGUGAAGAGUCAGAAAGACCAGGUGAAGUCGAAGAAGUUGAAUAAGACAAAUGAGUUCCAGGACAGUUCGGAGAGCGAGCCGGAGCUGUUCAUCAGCGGGGACGAGCUGAUGAACCAGAGCCAGGGCAGCAAGAAGGGCUGGAAGAGCAAGAGGAGCCUGAGGGCGGCCAGCGAGCUGGAGGAGUUCAAGUGCCGGAAAGCCAGCGAGAAAGAGGACGGGCGGCUGGGCAGCCAGGGCUUUGUGUACGUCAUGGCCAACAAGCAGCCUCUCUGGAACGAGGCCACCCAGGUGUACCAGCUGGACUUCGGGGGGCGGGUGACCCAGGAGUCGGCAAAGAACUUCCAGAUCGAGCUGGAGGGGCGGCAGGUGAUGCAGUUUGGACGGAUUGACGGCAAUGCGUACAUCCUGGACUUCCAGAGCCCCUUCUCCGCUGUGCAGGCCUUUGCGGUCGCCCUGGCCAACGUGACCCAGCGCCUCAAGUGAAGAGACUGGUGUGGGGAGGAGAAAGCGGUCUGAUCGCAGACACUGGAGGAGCCUGCACAGCCUGGUGCCCGGGGGACCAGAAGACGAGGGCAAAACUGGAAACGUCUGUCAGGCCCAGGGGAGGGCACUGACCUUUCGUUGUUGUUUGUUUGGGUUUUUAUUAUCCUUUUUCUUUUUUCUUAUUUUUUUAAACAAAAGUAAAAUACAGGAGAGCGGUGUUUGCAAGCGAAGGGUGCAAGGCACCUACCUGGUGGUGCUUAGGUCGCUGUGGGAAUGUCCUACUGGGUUUGCUUAUGUCGGCGACAGGGACAAGGGGCCCUUCAGAAGGAAGGUUAGACUGCCUUCUCGCCUGCUGUUCUUCUAGACUAGGAGUGUGCAUUGUUUUCAUUCUCCACAACAUCUAGCUUUUAUUAUUCCUCCAACAUCACUACUAGUGUAAAUAUAAAAAACCCGUUAAGAAAAACACAACCAAAAAAUCCUGAAGGUACAGGUUCUCUUGCGGGGGGACAUUUAGUUCACAUAUUAUGUUAUUCCCCCAGAGGUGACUUGAUUAAUGAGGGGUAUUUUGGCAAAUGCACUGUGUUUGACUAAUAAAAGUAGGCUUUUUACGGGGGUGCUAUUACUAGGUAUAAAUACGAUUUGCUCAUGAGCUCGUAGGGAAAGGAUGACGGGCAAGGAAGGAUCUCCUGCAGGUGUUCACGCAGGUGGCUCACGUCGUGUGACUUGAAGCAGUACAAGGGCCACGCUCCUCUUCAGAGGAGGUUUACACUGAAGCCUCCACUGGUUUCCAAAUAUGUCAAAAUUCCGUUGGUUCAGUGCUCAUUCAGUCUGCUUGACUUCGGGAGAAAGAUCCCCGAGUAGUGUGGUGUGGGGCAGCAAUUUUCUGGGCUGCGGUGGUGGCUCGUUAAGAGACCUGCUGCUGAGAAGUGGGCUUCACUCCCUCUCCCCUCUCAUUUUUGAACCUGGGAACCGUGCCAGAGACGGUGUCUUCCCCAUCAGGUAACACUGUUCUGUACUUGCUCUUUCUAAAAAUGCUGACAACACUGAUGUGAAAGCACUCCUUUCCUCUUUGGGGCUAUAUUAAAACUCAGUUGGCUAGAGAUGUUUUCCAACAGAUUAGAAAUGUAGCAAAAGAAAUGUUAGGCAUUUGCCAGGGUAUGAAAAGUAAGAGUUAUAAUCAACUCUUUUGACAAGCCCCACAAGCUUUUCUAGGAAAAAAAAAAAGUUUAUUAACUGUACAGACUGUUUACUGAGGAGAUAAACCACUGGGAGAACGUGGUUAAAGUUGCAAGUACUUAAUGUAGUUGGUUGACUAUUCUUUGUUAAUUUCAACAACAACAACAAAAAAUCCAGAGAUUAUCUUUUCCCACCUCCCCCUCCACAGAGGGCAAUAUUCAGCCCUGAUAAUAAGACCCAGUUCAUAGUUUUCAGUUACUGAUAUCUGUGAUGUUGUUUAGGGCAGGAACACAAGAACUGUCUACCAGUUUAGGGUCCUAAAUUUGGAUUUUGUUUGAAAACAAACAGGUGGAAGAUACUGCAGAAACGUAUUUUCAAAAAAAAAAAUUUUUUUGUUUUUAAUCUUCUGUUUUAGUUUAAAAAUUAGAAAAGAAACAGGUCCAAUGCAAGAUGACAUCACUUACCAUUUUCUUCAGACCCAGAAGAAACACAGGUGAGGUUUCAAAUAUGGUGAAGGACAUCUCCCAGCUAAUACGAGAGCUUCCCAUUUGAUAUUUUAAAAUAUUGAACCGGAUUCUUUGGUGGGUAAAUUUUUCCAGAAAGAAUUUAGCAAUGUAUUCAGAAUUAUAUAAUUCUUUUAUAUGAGUUUCUGUAGCUUAACAUGAUGUUUCAGUGCUUAUUAUCAGCUGUGCAAUAAUGGUUAUAGCCUAUUUCUAAAUAAUUUAAAUGCAGUUCCCCUGUUUUAUUGUCCAAAAGUUAAUUAUUUAUCUUGCUUUCAUAGUGUUCGUAGGAAUUAUUUUGUUACUGUGUUCUGGUGAGUUAUGCCCACUUUAUUAUUUAUUUAGAAAAAUAGUAUGUUUGUAAUGACUUAUUUGGUGGCAGUAUAUUUUGCUGCAAGAAAUAAAAAGGAUAUGAUAGAAGGUUUUUUUAUUGGACAAUUUGUAACUUUUUCUAAU